CUCGUGACAGGAGCGUCCCACCGUGAUGGGGACAUAGAGACAUGGGACCAGUGUGGACUCUGCUGCUGCUCCACUUUGCUCAAGCUGAGACAAGAGAUGCUGAGGGACUCUGUGAUGCCAGAGUGAACAAUGCUCUUUGCUAUGGAGCUCUGGGAGGAACCAUAAAGAUCCAACUGAUGGACAGUGGCUCAACGACACACAGAUGUAUCUGGAAACAUAAUGACAGAACUGUUUUUGAUUGGAAAGAUAAUACAGUUAAAAGAAAUGAGUUUAAAAAUAGAUCUGUUUUUAAUAGCAGCACUGGAAUAAUUCAAAUACAAAACUUAACAAAAAUUGACAAUGAUUCAUACAGUUUGGAGUUUUAUAAUCAGAAAGCAGAAAGAACCUUCAAGAGUUAUCACAAACUAAUAAUUGAAGCCCCAGUGUCCUCUGUGCUCCUGGAGCAGGAGUGUGUGUCCAAAGGAACGGUGAGGGCAUCCUGCACCCCUCAGGGAGGAGACAGUCCUGAGUACAUCUGGACUUUAAAUGGACAAACUCUCACAGACUCUGAGCUUCUCUCCAAAAACAAACAAAACACCAUCGUCACCCUGAGACAAAACACAGUGGGACUGCUGCGCUGCUCUGUCAAAAACCACAUCAGUCAAGAGUUUAAGGAGAUUCAUAUUAACAGUUGUGGAUACAUAUUCAUAAACUGCACGUUAAAUGGGACACAGAUAUCCGAUUGGGUUUAUAAAGCCAAUAACACCCUGUGCAUCGAACAAACCACAGCCGCUCCCAUCACUUCUGUGGGUAAGACAACAACCACCCAUCACAGUGUACCGGCCAGCUCCCCAAGCACUCCAGCUGGCUCUUGGUACAUUCAGUAUGGGCCCAUUAUAGGUGGUUUACUGGUGGCUGCAUUGGUUUUUGGUGUGGCAAUAUUUUGUGUCCUGAAGUACAAGAAAAAGAGAGAUCAAGAACAUGAUCAGGAAGUGACUUAUGCUGAUGUCAGGAUAUUGAAGCAGCCUCGCAGGAGACCACAGCAGCCGGCGUCCGAAGGCGAAGUUGAAUAUGGCCAAGUGAAGUUUUCAAAUCAAAAUCCACACAUUUCUGUAGCAGAGGAUAAUGCUUGUAUUUAUGCCAAGGUCCGUAGGUGAUUCUUAUAGUUGUACAACAGACACCAACAGUUUCAGUGUUGACUGGCUUCUUUAGAAAUUAUGGAUUUGUGGCUCAACGGAAAAAGAAUGUUUUUAAAGAAUAUAAUUUAUUUUGAGUUCAAGUACCUCAUUUUCACCAUUGACCCGUGUGUUCAGAGGUCUCCAUUCUUUUAUAAUAUCUUUACCAUUUAUUUGUGUAUAGGUUCUUUCAUUUUCAGUAUAUAGUAUGAUUUAUAUUGUUUAUAUGAUUUCACAUAUUAUACUACUAAAUUUGAUGUAUACACUUUCUCUCAAACAAGUAUUUUUAAGAUGGGUAUUUAUAUGGAAAUGGGAAGUUAAAUGUUGGAAGUAUACUUGUUAAAUAAAAACAACAUAGCCCAACACUGUAUGUGUGUGAUAAAAUAAUGACAUCAGCUCACACUGGUCUGGUUAUUAUAUAGUCUAACCAAAAAUGGAACUUUCAUUUUUUUCAAUCGUUGUAGUUACGUGAUUGAUUUAAAGGUCAAAGGUCGAUUACUUUUAACUAUCAUUCAGGUAAUUCAGGACCAUAAAGUGUUUAUGGCCGUGAUAGUUGGAGUGUCCUCAAACAAACCACCUGCAUCUGAACUCUGACACGAGCAAAUAAUUGACAGCAGACGCCAAGUGCAACAGCGGUUUGUCCUAAACUCAUAGGGCACCCUUUGGGAUCCCAUCAAUUACAUUGUUUCCAAACACUGAUAGCAAUAAUCUCUUUGACAGUUCUGAUAAAUAGUUCAAUUAGUAAAAUAAUACAUAAUCAAUUUGCCCACUGCGUUUGCGUUAAAGCAAGAACAGCUGCUUUAGCUUGUUUCAUGUGACCUGCCACACCACAUAGUUAUAAAAG